UCUAAAUUUAGAACCACAAAGUUGUACAAAGGGAUAAAUAUGUAUCACGAGUGUCUGUUUUCUGGGGAUGACGGUACAUUUUCAUUAAUUGUUUUCUGCAGAUGUUUGGAGUACAAUAGUCUUGCAUUUAGGCCCAACGGAUAUGAAAAUAGUUCCGGAGUUUCAGCUGUUGAAUACUUUUAUCGACUUGUCACAUGUGAACGAAGACUGUCCUAUAUAGCUCGGCGGCCAGGUAACGUUCACCAGACAGAAUCUCUACAGACCGUAUUGGCGGACACUAGUAUCGACAUGAAGACGUAAACACUAUGAUUGGAUUGUAAAAACUGGCAAUAAAUGAAUGUCGAACUAGGACGACAUAUUUGAUCAUUUUACGGACGCUUUACAGUCAUGAUCAGUGAGCUUGUGAACCCCUGGACAUUGACCGUGUCACCGACAGCAAACACUGUAAUGUAGACCCAGGCGUACAGUAGUUUGGAAGAAGUAGAGAUCAUUUCUACACAACACGUUGUUGAACAGAUUGUGGCGAUGAUGCGACCAGUCUGUUCUGUGAAGAUGAAAUGGAUGACAAUAUGUCAUCCACCAGUUUACGUCCACGAUGGCUUCAAUGGAUGUGGCCAGGCAGUUUUCGCGCCCAAAGCUGUCCUGUCGUCGCCUCUUCAAGUCCUGGUUCCAGACCGAGACAUCUCAAACUGGCCAUGAUCAGCAAUACGCACACCCUAAUGAAGUGAGGAAGAUGGGCUCGGCCACACCUGAGGACGGACUGAUCCUAAGCGUCUCUAGGAGCUUCGAUGAGGCUCCAGCUAUAUCGGAGGGCGUCAUGAGAGGUGAGGGAGUGCAGAUGGCAACCCCUAGCUUGCCCCGGCACCGCCGAGGCAGCAGUCCUUGCUGUGGGCGGCACAAAGGGAGAUACAAUAUGAUAGGUACUCAACCUCCUGGUGGUUCCUCAGCUCUGUGUAAACAUACCGCUAACCUUGGAGACUUUGCCUUUGUCAACAUUGCGGACAAGGAUACCGUUUAUGACGAUACUGUAUCCCCACAAUGUAUCAUGGAUCUGAUGAGUUUGCUAGUGGGGUUUGGUGUUACGUCCCAACCAGUUCCAUAUGCACCCCGGGCACACAGGCACGACUGUGCAGGUGAGGUUUUCUGCAAGAACUUAUUUCUCAAAGAUAGAAGAGGUCAGUAUUACUUGGUUAUCUGUGACGAAAAUCAUGAUAUUGACUUGAAAAGGCUUCGGUGCAAACUGAAAGCUCACAGAAAUUUUUCCUUUGGGACCAAAGACGAAAUGGCAGCCAUCUUUCAUGUUUCACUAGGCGGUCUGACGCCAUUCGCUCUGAUGCAUAGAACUGCAUGUGAUGUACGCGUUGUCAUGACAAUAGACCUCGCUACUAAUAAAGAAGCUCUGUUGAAUUUCCACCCACUUGAUGCAAACCUUACCCUACCUGUAAGACUUGCCCAACUGAUUCAAUUUCUGGAACACUUCAGGUUUAACCUCGAGUUUGUUGAUAUGUCCUGCUAAACUUCAUUUUUAGAUAUCAGAAUGCAGACAGGAGUGGUAAUAUAGUACAUAAUGAAAAUAGGAGUGGUUCUAUGCAGUGGAGGACAGUCCCCUCCUUUCAACACCAAGAGGCGAAUUUUUUAUUUUUAUAUGUGUUAUCAUUCAACUGAAGGGAUGUAAAAUUAUAAAAUGAAUUCCAUUUUUAUUAGACAAAAAUUCAUUUUAUUUCACAUGAUAACUUUCACCAAAACGUAACUUGCAAUAGUUGUACGAACUUCUAUGGAAAAUGCAUAAAACGUGGAAUACUAUUUAUUACCAGAACGUUUGAAAGCGUGUCAGUUGAAUUAUUGACACCUUAUCUGCUGGUCUCAAACAAUAGCCGUUGGUUUUGUAGUUUGAUUUUAUGUUUGACACAAAAACACCAUGUCCCGUCUGACACGGGAAAACCGGACGAGGGCAUUCUGUCUCACUGUAGCUGGAUGGAGUAUGCCACGAGAUGCCAUUCCACAACUUCCAGGCUUCAGGAACAUAAUCAGUUGACCAACAGUGCAGGUGAUCGUCCACGAAGCGGCCGACUGAGAGUGGUGUUCCGCAGACAAGAUCGGUACGAUGUGAUGGUGACGUCACACCUACGCGAUAGAUGUACAACCACAACUGCCCGUAUGGGACUCACAACAGACCAAUUAGCGUUAAACAGUUUGACCUAGGUUGCGAGGUACCAUCUACACUGCGGUCGACAUUAAGGGGUCCACCGUUCAACUCGGCGUCAUUACCGCACUCAGAUAUGGGCACAAUAUAAUAAGAAUUGGCAGAAGAGGAGGCAGUGAACAAAGAUUUCAUUUCUAUUGCAUGUUACUUUAACCACUUCAAAUUCUCAAAGAAAACUUCACGUUUCUUUUGGAGUUGAGCUUAUUACAAAAACAAGUUUUUUGUUUGUUGUUUAACGCCACACUCAGCAAAAUUCCAGCUAUAUGACGGCGGUCUGCAAAUAAUCGAGUCUGGACCAGACAAUCCAGUGAUUGACAUCAUGAGCAUUGAUCCACGCAAUUGUCCCAAUAAUAUGUGUUAUAGUUCCUCAACAGAUUCAUCAACAAUAAGCAAAUAAAUAAGUCCAGUGUUAAUGCUUGGUUCA